CAGCAGGGCCAGCCCACAAGGCUCCUUUUCCUUUUUGAUCCAUUCAAAAAUUACUCAUUGCAAAUUCCCGAACUGCUCGGGGAGGCGAAGGCAGGGCCGGAGGAGCGGGGACUGCUGCGGGCGCGGCGCCGGAGGCGGCUGGUGGCGGCCGAUCGCGCGGAAGCGGCCGGCGGACGCCAGGCUCGGGUGGCCUCACCAGGAAGCGCCGGAGUCCGGACCCGGGAGGCUCGCAGCGCCCGCCGCCCCCCCCCCCCGAUCCCCGAGCCGCGCUGCGCCCCGAGCCCUGGGCGAUGGCCGGGUGCUGAGCCGCGGCUCGGACGGCGCAGCCCCUCGGCAUGGCCGCGCGCGAGGAGCUGUACAGCAAAGUCACCCCGCGGAGGAGCCGCCAGCAGCGCCCCGGCACCAUCAAGCAUGGCUCGGCGCUGGACGUGCUGCUCUCCAUGGGGUUCCCCAGGGCCCGCGCACAAAAGGCCUUGGCAUCCACCGGAGGAAGAAGCGUUCAGGCGGCAUGUGACUGGUUGGCUGUUUUCCCAUGUGGGGGACCCCUUCCUGGAUGACCCCCUGCCCAGGGAGUACGUCCUCUACCUCCGCCCCACUGGCCCCUUAGCGCAGAAGCUGUCCGACUUCUGGCAGCAGUCGAAGCAGAUCUGCGGGAAGAACAAGGCUCACAACAUCUUCCCCCACAUCACCCUCUGCCAGUUCUUCAUGUGUGAGGACAGCAAGGUGGAUGCCCUGGGGGAGGCCCUGCAGACCACCGUCAGCCGCUGGAAGUGUAAGUUCUCGGCACCGCUGCCCCUGGAGCUCUACACCUCCUCCAACUUCAUCGGCCUCUUCGUGAAGGAGGACAGCGCUGAGGUCCUCAAGAAAUUCGCUGCGGACUUCGCUGCUGAGGCUGCAUCCAAAACGGAAGUACACGUGGAACCUCAUAAGAAGCAGCUGCAUGUUACUCUGGCUUAUCACUUCCAAGCCAGCCACCUACCCACGCUGGAGAAACUAGCCCAGAACAUCGAUGUCAAACUAGGGUGCGACUGGGUGGCCACCAUAUUCUCUCGGGAUAUCCGAUUCGCGAACCACGAGACGCUGCAAGUGAUCUACCCCUACACCCCGCAGAAUGAUGAUGAGCUAGAGCUGGUCCCGGGGGACUUCAUCUUCAUGUCUCCCAUGGAGCAGACCAGCACCAGCGAAGGCUGGAUCUAUGGCACCUCCCUCACCACUGGCUGCUCAGGGCUCCUGCCCGAGAACUACAUCACCAAGGCUGACGAGUGCAGCACCUGGAUCUUCCACGGUUCUUACUCCAUUUUAAACACGGCAUCAUCCAACUCGCUUCCAUUUGGUGACGGAGUGUUAGAGAGGCGGCACUAUGACGACCAGGGACUCGGGGAGACGACACCUCUUACUAUCAUCUGCCAGCCCAUGCAGCCUCUGAGAGUCAACAGCCAGCCCGGACCUCAGAAGCGGUGCCUCUUCGUGUGUCGGCAUGGAGAAAGGAUGGAUGUUGUCUUUGGGAAGUACUGGCUGUCUCAGUGCUUUGAUGCCAAAGGCCGCUACAUACGCACCAACCUGAACAUGCCUCACAGCUUACCUCAGCGGAGCGGCGGCUUCCUGGAUUAUGAGAAGGAUGCUCCUAUCACGGUGUUCGGGUGCAUGCAGGCAAGACUAGUGGGUGAAGCCUUGUUAGAAAGUAGCACCAUCAUCGAUCACGUCUAUUGCUCCCCAUCCCUCCGCUGCGUUCAGACCGCACACAACAUCUUAAAAGGUUUACAACAAGAGAACCACUUAAAGAUUCGCGUGGAGCCUGGCUUAUUUGAGUGGACAAAGUGGGUUGCUGGGAACACAUUACCUGCAUGGAUACCUCCAUCAGAGUUAGCUGCAGCCAGCCUGAGUGUUGAUACAACCUACAGACCUCACAUUCCAGUCAGCAAAUUAGUGGUUUCAGAGUCCUAUGACACUUAUAUCAGUAGAAGCUUCCAAGUAACAAAAGAGAUAAUAAGUGAGUGUAAAGGUAAAGGAAAUAACAUUCUGAUUGUGGCCCAUGCAUCUUCCCUUGAAGCAUGUACCUGCCAGCUUCAGGGCCUGUCACCUCAGAACUCCAAGGACUUUGUGCAAAUGGUCCGAAAGAUCCCCUACCUAGGCUUUUGUUCCUGUGAAGAAUUAGGCGAAACUGGAAUAUGGCAGCUAACAGACCCACCCAUCCUUCCCCUUACCCAUGGACCCACUGGGGGCUUCAACUGGAGAGAAACAUUGCUGCAGGAGUAAGCCUGUGAGGGGCGAGAGGAAUUAGUCUUUUGGAGAAGAAUCUUUUGGGCGUUCAGUAACUGCGGAAAACUCUGCAUUGCAUUCUAAAUGGACAGCUCGAUUAACACACUUCCUUUCAUGCUUAAGUGACAAGACUGCAUAAAUAAGCAAAAGACAUGAUUCAGGGAGAGAAAAAUCCAUCCUGGUUAACAAGGCUUUGGAGAAUUGACUUCCUAAACCUGCGCCUGCUACAGCAGAGGCCCAUCCUCAUCCUCGUUCGGGCUAUGCAUGGCUAAGGAGCUUCACGCGUCCCCACUGGAGCUGUGCCCCCUCUCAGGAGGGAUGCAGGAAGGAGUGUGUCCCGAAUCCAGUCUGGGGAUGGAACAUUCUGUUGAACUCCAUUUUCAAUUUAGCCGAGCUGAGAAAUCCUGCUAAGGUUCCUACAUAGACUUGUCCUUAGGUUGCACCUCAAAUUCUACCCUCGGUAAACUCCAGACACCCCCUUAAGGAGUCCAGUGUUUGCCCUGGUACUUCCUCAUUUUCUCCCAGAAUGGGGGCCUUCCUGCUUCUGUCUGUGAAAUAGGGAGAGAAAGCACUUCUGCUUUCCAGAAUACUUUUAGAUCCUCAUGAGGAAGAUAAGGUAAAUGUGAGUCGUAGUCAAGGAUAGGCGUGGAGAACUUGCAAAAUAUAAAGUGCAUUGGGAUUAUGUGUGUCACAGCCUGAUGAGCCGCAGCACUUCUGAGUCGCCAAGAUUUGCUUGUCUCUGCCCCUAGACUCUGACAGGGUUAACUAGCUGAGGAGGUUGACAUGUUGAAAGCAUAUGUGUUCAGCAUAUUAUUUGAAUCAGCAAGAAGCUCAUUCUGUGCAAUGUGGACAUCUUGACAAACCAUGCCAAGGGCCAGGUUGUGAUGCCCUCCCAGCACCUACCAACCAAACAGAAUGUCCAGAGAUGCCCCAGUUGCACCAGAGAUAUACAAUGAAGUCAGGGAACUAACUUAACUGGUGACAGUCACAAGUGCACUGCUACUUGUGCUGUCUCCUUUCUGUUUGUCUUUCUAUGAUAAUUUAAAAUCGAUAGGAGGUAAGGCUACUUGAGGAAAGCUGGACUGGUUUCUCAUUAUGGCUACUUCCUGUAUGUAGAGGGAGUUUAUUUAAAAGAAAAAUAAAUGACAAUCAAGCCAAAACACCAGUUAUCAAUGUCUAUUUAAUCGUGUGAGUAGCUGACUAGUAGAGCCACAGACAGUGGUCUGGUAUGAUAUAGUUCGCCAUGUAGAAUGUGUGUACGCAAUAAAAUCCCAACCAUUUAAAGGGAGCAUUAGUGUUAGACAAAUCUAUCUAUGCUGUAGCGACCUUAAAUAAGUUUUAAAACUCAGACGUAUGCUUUAUAAAAACUGACCUAUGCUUGUAUUUGAAAUUGAAAUUUGAUGACUGCUGGAAAAAGGAAGAAGUGAAAGGUGAUUUGCUAUUUAUGUUAGUAAAAGGAUUAUGGCUGCAUUUUUUAAAGACACCUAGAGAAAUAUGCUAUGAAAUUUCUAAUUGGAGAAACGAAUCGUGGUUUCUCCUAGCAUCGCACAAGUAUUGCUUCAGUUUCUGACCAUAGAAAUAACCCUGUGCUGACACAUUUCUGUUUUAACCUUAAACUAUCUGGGAGGGAAAUAUUCCCACUAAAGUUCUUAAAACUCACAUUUCAGCUAAGUUAAUGAACUUAAUGUCCCUGCCACUCAUUCUACUGGUAUUGGUAAGGAAGUGAUCCACUGUUUAAUCCUAUCUAUAAUGUUUAUAGGCUCACCACAGAUUCUCAUGGGCUUUGAAUGCUCAGAAUAAUACUUGAAUGCUUCAUUUCAGAUUUCCUUGAAACCGUUAAGAGUAUGUUCUGGACAGUGUCCGUACUUUUAUAAAAUACAAAUGAAAAUGUGUCACCUUUUCCAUUUCUCUUCUGGAUGUUCCAUGUUGUCCUGAGAAUUAGUUUGACAGACUGGGCUUCAUUCCAUUGUCUUUAGUCCAGUAUCAAUAUAGCCUUCGGCAACUGCCUGCAAGAGCCAAAGGAAUCAUGGGUCUGAAACAUUUCAGAAUAAUUUAGGUGGAAAACCCUGAGUACAAGAAAAAUUUUAUUCCUCUGCUGUAAUUAACUAGAUUGGUUAUCAAAACAGCUGAGUGGCCUGAAUUCACACUAAAAUUUUAUUUCAGACUUAUCUACUUAAAAAAUUAAAGUUGGACUGCAACCAACAAAUUCUUUAUAAAUCAUGUUGAAUCUAUGUAUAAUAAAAGAGACAGCUAUAUUACCAAACUUCAAAUUCAUAUGAAAAUUCUAAGUUGACAUUACAACCUGAAGUGGAGGCUCAUUCUUUGUGAUCAGAGGCUGAUGCUUAUUAAAACCUAUGAUAUGUGGAGGAGGAAUAGAAAAGGAAAGAAGAAAGCAUUGCCAGAAAAGAAGAAUCAAAUGAUUUCUCAUUCAAAGAACUGUUUUUUAAGUUAGAAAGCUAUCUGAAAUAAAUUAGUGGAAAUGAAAUUAGCUAAUGGGCUUAAGCUGGUAUUGCAAAUCUCAAAUAGUUUGCUGCUUCUACAAGAAGGCCACUUUAGUGUGCAAAGGCCCUAGUACUCUCUGUUAGGUAGAACUUUGUUUUCUGUGAUUUUAAAGUGCCACGUGGAUUCCUCGCAGACUAGAAAAAUCGGCAUGUUUUAAUGCAUCUGCUGAGGGUUUCAUUUUCCAGGUUCUCUUCCCCAUCACUUACUGGGUACCAAGAGCCUCCCUGAUAGGAGGUAGCAGUGGAAUUGACAGUGUUUCUCAGAUUCAAAGAAUCUGAAUGGCUGAUUAAAUGGCUAUCUGAUGGCUGGAAAGGGGGGUAUUUUUCACCCUGUAGUGCAAGGCUUGGAGUAGUUUCUACUUUUUAUUUUAAUUAUACUUUAACCAAAGAAUUAUUUUAAAGUAAUCUUAUAUUUGAAAGAUGAUUUUGCAAAAAAAAAAAAUUAAAAUGCCUUCUGGAGUAUCAGUUUAAUAAAUCAUUGUUGAUCAUUUGCUUGUCAGCAGUGUUGGGGACAUGUCUAGGCUGUCCUCCAGUUGUGUGUAGCGUUGCCCUAGACGUUUCUUUUCCACUCAACUAACUGUAUUCGUAUUGAAAUGAAGUCUCUUAUUUCAAUUACCUAGUAUCAUUGAGAACUGAUUGAACAGCCACGAAAAGAGAAGUUCCUAUCUGUCGCCUUUGUAGAAAGGCUUCCCGGUGCGGUUACCUAGGCACUCCCCACGCCAGUGUUUAAAUCUGAAAGCAGUGAUGAAUUGCUCUUUUGAAUUUACCCUGAGUUGUGCAUGUGGUGGAAUACAGAUGAGCCUCUGCUGAAUUUGCACAGGCUUCAGCACAGUCAGCUGUACAAAAUUGGCACCAAGACGUUAGAUGAGGAGGCUCAGGAGAUUUGCAUAAUCCAGCACACACAUGUGAGAAAGAAGAGGCGAUGGCCUGAGGAGGUGGCUGUGCUGGAGGGACAGAACUGGUGGAGGAGGGCGAGGGACAGACGGGGAAGAGCAAUUUAACAUCAAUCUGGGUUAAUGUUAACUUCACAGAGGUGACGGGAGUAUUUUGUUAGGUGAUGGCUUUUACAUAUUUUAAAUUUAGGAUUAAAAUUGAGUUUGCUUCUCUUUUGUACUUCAACCUAUUCAAUUUUCCUAAGAAAGUGACUAGCUAUAAUGAAAAUUUUAGGGGAGAGGUAGAAAAGAUUGCCUCUAAAUGCAGUGGAAAUAACUUGAUUUUUAAAUAUGUGUAAUACUAGGUUCGGUGUAUGUAGACUUACAAUUAUAGUGAUGAGUAGUCAAACAAUAUACAAUCAGUUAUUACAAAUAUUUUACCCAGUAUUACUUAGCUGCUGUAACUUGCAAAAAUCGGAAUUUUGCAGCUGUUCAGCUAUUCGUGAACUCUAUACAGGAUACAUAUGUAAAUCGAAAAAUGCGUCAUGGUUCUGUUGUUGAUUGCCAGUAAGAUGGGAACCCCAUCCCAAAGCUUUUUGAUUAUGCACAGAUCAUCCUAAACUGCUAUGUGGGGGAGGCAUAUGGCUUCUCAUUUAUAAGACUAUUGUAUUAUUUUUUUCUAUGUGAUUUUGGUGUAUUUAUUUGAAAAAUAGUUUGUAUUUACUAAAAAGAAAACCACACCUGUCUGUAUCGUCAGAUUCCUUGUACAUUUUGUGUGCCAUCUGUGCUUUUCUGGCAGACAGCUCGUCCCUCCUGAUUCAGCUAUGACACCAUUGUAACCAACCUGGUCCAUUCCAGACCCAUCACCACUGAAAUGGUUCAUAGAUGAUUUAAUAAAGAGAAACUGAGUCCUCA